CCGCCGCUCUGCCCGUGGGCUCGCCGGGCUGCCGCGAGCGUGCGGGCCGCGCCGGGCAUGUCCUAGGCGGCGGCCCCGCCCAGCGCUCGGCCGGCCGGGCGGGAGGGCCGGGGCCGAGCCGGGGCCGAGUCGGGACCGAGCUGCAGGGCCGGACAGGCCUCGCCAGUGCCAAGAUGAGCGCCACCUCCUGGUUCCUGGUGAGCGGCAGCGGCACUCGCCACCGGCUCCCCCGAGAGCUCAUCUUCGUGGGGCGAGAUGAGUGUGAGCUCAUGCUGCAGUCCCGCAGUGUGGACAAGCAGCACGCUGUCAUCAACUAUGACCGAGACAGGGACGAGCACUGGGUCAAGGACCUGGGCAGCCUCAAUGGGACAUUCGUGAACGACGUGCGCAUCCCGGACCAGAAGUACGUUACGCUGAAGCUCAACGACGUCAUCCGAUUCGGCUACGAUUCCAACAUGUACGUGCUGGAGCGGGUGCAGCACCGCGUCCCUGAGGAGGCGCUCAGGCACGAGAAGUACACCAGCCAGCUGCAGGUGAGCGUCAAGAGCCCGGCGCCCAAGACGGGCGAGGCUGUGCUGGAGCAGGCGCCUUACUGCGAGGCCGUGAACCCCAGGCCAGAGAGGGGGGACCGGAGACCGGGGCCAGAGGCGGCGGCCUACCGCACACCCCUGUACGGGCAGCCCUCCUGGUGGGGUGAGGACGAUGGUAGCAGCCCGCCCGAGGAGCGGCGCCAGGAUGAGCCCGACACGGAGCGGCCCAAGGAGCUGGCUCAGCGGGACAGUGACCUCGUGGGGACGACGGCCGCCUUCCGGGCCCCCGCGGAGCCGCAGGGCUACUCGUUCCGGCGGGAGCCCAGCUACUUCGAGAUCCCCACCAAGGAGGUCCCCCCGUCGCGGGCCCCAGAGGUGCCGGCACACGAGGCGCCUACCAGGGAUGCGGAGGCGGGCGGGGGCGGGGUGGCCCCCGUGGUGCAGAGCCACGCCUGCUUCACCAUCGAGUUUGACGACUGCAGCCCCGGCAAGGUCAAGAUCAAGGACCACGUCACCAAGUUCUCCCUUCGCCAGCGCCGGCCCCCUGGCAAGGAGCCCACAGCCAUCGAGGUGGUCUCUGCGGAGACCAAGGUGGCCGACUGGCUGGUGCAGAGCGACCCCAGCCUGCUGCACCGGGCCGGCCCCGCCGAUGACCGGCACAGCACCAAAAGCGACCUGCCGGUGCACACGCGCACCCUGAAGGGCCACAAGCACGAGGACGGCACACAGAGCGACUCGGAGGACCCCAUGGCCCAGGCGGCCGGGGCAGCUGGGGUCCCCUCGGAGGCUGGCGGGGAGCAGGUGCGGCUACAGAGGCAGCUCAGGCGGGACCCCCAGGAGCUGCUGCACGGCCAGCAGGCGUUCGUCAUCGAAUUCUUCGACGAGGACACGCCCCGCAAGAAGCGUUCCCAGUCCUUCACGCACACGCCGCCCGGGGACCCCAGGCCCGACAGGCGCCGCGGCCCCGGGCCGACCGACAGGGACCGCCCGGCCGCCCCCGCCCCGGCCUCGACCCGGGGGGCGGGCGGCAGCUCGGGGCCGCAGCGGGCCGGCUCUCUCAAGCGGGAGAAGGCGGAGGAGCGGCUGGGCGGCCCCUCGCCCGCCGCCCGGGCCCCGGCUCGCCCUUUCGGCAGCGUGGGGCGCCGCUCCCGCCUGGCCCAGGACUUCAUGGCCCAGUGCCUGCGGGACGGCUCCCCGGCUGCCCGGUCAGGCCCCGAGAAGACGCCCCCGACGCCGCCCGCCCCCCCGCUACCCCGCGGGGCCAGCCCCGCGGCCCCCUCGCCGCCGCCGCCACCCCCUGCUGACCCCCAAGUGACAAAGGCACGCAAGCAGGAGGAGGACGACAGCCUCAGUGACGCAGGGACCUACACCAUCGACACGGAGGCGCAGGACCGGGAGGUGGAGGAGGCCCGCCGGAUGAUCGACCAGGUCUUUGGGGUACGGGAGUCCCCUGAGCUCUCCAGGGCGUCCUCGGCCGCCUUCCGUCCAGUUAUCAGAGGGGACAGAGAAGAGUCCGGUGACGGAGUGGCCCAGCGGAUGGCCUUGCUGCAGGAGUUUGCCUCCCGGCCAGUGGGCGGGGUUGGAACCCCCCCGGUGGAGCUCCAGGGCCUCCCAGUACCGGGCUCCCCCGGGGGUCAGAAGUGGGUGUCCCGCUGGGCCAGUCUGGCCGACAGCUACUCGGACCCGGGCCUGUCAGACGACGGCCCCGGGCGCAGAGCCAGAGAGCUGGAGGGGGCCCUGCCUGUGCGCCAGCGAAGGCUGCUCCCACAGCUGCCCAGCGACAGGGCGGACAGCCCCGCCGGCCCCGAGGCCACCAGGAGGAGCGGGCCGGGGCCGCCAGAGCUGGGCAGCGAGCAGGCCGGCCUCUUGGGACAGGAAGACCUGGAGCCCGACAGCCUCAGUGACGCCAGUGGGUCGGACGGAGGCCGGGGCCCUGAGCCAGGCGGGGGCCUGCAGGAAGAAAGACGCGGGAGCCCCCAGGAGGGACCGGCGUGGACAAGGGGCCGGCGCUCACCGAGGGCCCCUGGGGAGCCGGCUCCCACCUCAUUCUUCGCUGGGGACCAGAACGGGGAGGUGGCCUUCCCCAGGAAAGCGACUGUGGCCCCAGGGCAGGUGGAGGGCCCGGGGCGGGCAGCGCAGCCCAGCCCCCCGACACGGGACAGCGUGUACGUCAGCACCAGUGGGAGGAUGGUCAUCCAGCUGCGGACAGGGCAGCCCCCGGAGCCUGAGGGCCCCGCCCCGGCCCCCACCAAGGAGGCCCCGGCGUUCGUCCGGCAGGAGAGCUUCACCAAGGAGCCGGCCAGCGGCCCCGCAGCUCCUGGCCAGCUGCCGUACAUUAGCACCCACCCCCUCCUGCAGGACCUGGCCGCAGCCCGGGCCUCACGCAUGGACCUGCACCCUCAGGACACCCACCUGAUCCUGAAGGAGACAGAGACGGCGCUGGCCGCCCUGGAGGCCAGACUGCUCUCCAAGUCCGUGGAGGAGCCGGAGGGUGAGCUGGGCGGCGCCCCUGGGCCGCCAGAGGACUCCCUGUCCGGGGACUCCGACGUGGACACGGCCAGCACCGUCAGUCUUCUCAGCGGCAAGAACGGGCCCAGCCCGCAGCCCUCGGGGCUGCAGAAGGAGAAGCCGCCGUCCCCGCCGGCAGCGCAGGAUGUGGGGGGUGUCGGCCUGAGCAGCGCCCGCGAGCGUCUCUCAGAGAAGCAGCGUCGCCCGCCGGGCCCAGUGGACGCGGGACGCGGGGAGCCGGCAAGGCGCCUGGCCGCACGGCGUGGCCACGGGCCCCAAGGGUCCCUGGACUGGCCCGAUGAGGAACGAGGCUCCAGCCUUGCCCACCUGCCCGGUGUGGACACGGUCACUUCUGACCACGAGACCUCCGGGGCCGUGGGGGCAGGGCGGCGGGGGCCUCGCCGGAAACCCACGGCCCCACCGCCGUCCCCUGCUGCCCGGGAAGAGCAGAGCCGCGGCUCAGCCGGCCUCCAGAAGGUGCAGCAGGCGCUGACCCGCUCCAACAGCUUGUCCGCCCCACGGCCCACGCGGGCCUCCCGGCUGAGGCGGGCCCGGCUGGGGGAUGCCUCGGACACAGAGGCCGCAGAUGGCGAACGGGGGCCCCCGGCCAAUCCCGAGCCGGCGGGGCAGCCGGCUGCCGAGCAGGCCAAGAAGCUGUCACGCCUGGACAUCCUGGCGAUGCCCCGGAAGCGGGCCGGCUCCUUCACAGGGCCCAGCGACUCGGAGGCGGCCCCCACCCGCGCCGGCUUCUCCGGCCGCAGCGUCGAGUUGUACUGCGCCGGCCGCAAGCCCGCCGUGGCCGAGGCUCGGGCCACGGCCAGGAAGGCCGCCAACGCCACCACGCCCCCCCGCCAGCCCUUCAGCAGGGCCCGCCCGGGCAGCGCCCGGUACUCCUCACCCAACGUGCGUCGCCGGCAGCAGGGCUCGGAUUGCACAUCCACAUCCGAGGAGGAGUAUGGCUCCCACCACGGCUCCCCCAAACACGCCCGCCCCCAUGCCUCAACAGCCACGCAGACCCCACGGGCUGGCAGCUCUGGCCGGGCCCGACCCCGGGCCCCUGGCCUCCGGGACACAGACGACGAGGAAGAAGAGCCCGACCCUUAUGGUUUCAUUGUGCAGACAGCCGAGAUCGCUGAGAUUGCCAGGCUGAGCCAGACGCUGGUGAAGGACGUGGCCACCCUGGCCCGUGAGAUCCACGAUGUGGCCGGAGACGGCGACUCGCCGGGCUGCCCGGGGCCUGCCCACAGCCCCUCUCGCGCCAGUGUGCCCGGCACCCCCGCCUCCACCAUCUCCGCCCGCGAGGAGCUGGUGCAGCGCAUCCCCGAGGCCAGCCUCAACUUCCAGAAGGUGCCGCCCAGCACCCCGCGCUCUCAGGACCUGGACCAGAACAUGAACGACCGCUGCGAGGACCCGCUGGCCGGCAAGACGCGGCCUCGGAACCGCGAGGAGGUGAUCUUCGAUAACCUGAUGCUGAACCCCGUGUCGCAGCUAUCCCAGGCCAUCCGCGAGAACACGGAGCACCUCGCUGAGAAGAUGAAGAUCCUCUUUCAGAACACAGGGCGAGCCUGGGAAGACCUGGAGGCCAGGAUCAACGCGGAGAACGAGGUGCCCAUCCUGAAGACGUCCAACAAGGUGAGGGGCCCCUCUGCGCCCCCGGCCCGCUUGGCUGCAGGGAGACUGGGGGGAGCUUCCCGAGCCCGGGACCCCAGGGAGAGGCGAGCGCUGGGGUCCGGCUCCAGCGGCCUCUUUCCCGCCUGCCCCCAGGAAAUCACCUCCAUCCUGAAGGAACUGAGGCGAGUGCAGAAGCAGCUGGAAGUUAUCAACGCCAUCGUGGACCCCAGUGGGAACCUGGACCUGCUGACCGGAAACCGGGGUUCUGCGGGCUCGGCCCAGCUCGGGAGAGGCCGGCCGGCCUCCCAGAGUCCGUCCUCACCCCCGUCGGCCCUGCUGGCGAGGAGCUUCCCGCAGCGGGCAAACUGCGGGACCCCCGGCCUCCCGGACCCCUCCUUCCUCCCCGACACGGAGCAGUUCCUGAUCUAGGUGUUGGGGCUGGGCAGCCUCCCCACACCCUGGGCCUGGACAGUUCACCACAAAGACCCCCACACGUGCCAUAACCCCGUGGGUGCCCAGGCCCCCUCCUCAGCUCCCAGCGCCCCCCCGCCCCACUGGCCUCCUGGCCCAGCUCCCGCUGCGGCCGAUGCCAAGGGCCAGUGUCCGGGCGUGUGCCCAGCCUCCUCUCCAUCGCUGUUACUUUGUCGUUAGCUUUCAAGGAAGGAGUAGUUUGUGCCACUGCAGCAGCCUCCCCGGCCCGGGGGGUCCCGCUCUGCCUCGUGGGCUGGGGGCACGUGCGUACCUGCCCUGUUCCUCUGUGCUGGCUGGGACCAGGUUGGGGGAGAGGACUGGGCGAUGCGGUCUUUCAGUGCCAAACACAGAGCAGGGUGGUGGGGAGACGCCUCGUUGACGCCCCGGGACUUGAGGCGGCAGAGUGCGGGCUGGGCGGGGCGAUGGCAGCUCCCAGGCGCCCCAGAGUCCAGUGGCCCGGGGCGGGCACGCAGCCUGUGGAAACAUUUGUGGCAGGAACCCCACUGCUUCGAGCCUUUGGUGCCAACACAACUGCCAAACUCACUGAGCGCGUGGGCCGGCGCCGUGCACACAGGCACGAGCACUCGUCAGGCACGUCUGCGCUCACACAGCCCAGGCUCAGCCCCCCACGCGGCACGUCCAGGGAGGGAGGCGGGCCCGGCACCCGCUUCCGGUGGUUCUGGGCCAGAGGGAGGGGAGCGAUUAACCAAAGUGACCAAAAACCGGGCUUCAGAAGCUCCCUGGACAACGUCCCCUCCCCCCGCUCCCCUCCCCGCUGUCCUGCGGACUCUGUGGGCAUUAAUUGGGUGCCUCCCGGGCCUCUCUGCUCCAGGUCCUGGGGGGGGGGUAGGGGCAGCCCCCCAGGAACAGUUUUAUUUCUCAGGAUUCUUUCAGCUGGGAACGUGCCAGGCGAGCAGAGCCCAGCCCCCUCCCGGGGGCUGAUGUUUCCGCAGCCUCGAAGCCAAAGAGCCCACUGGCUGCGGCGGGUGGGGCUGGGGCGCCCCCACCCGGCCUGGCACCUGCGCUGAUAUCGAUCGCGGGGCAGGACCGACUGCGGGGGCCGGGGUCACAGCGGGCGCGGCUCUGGGGCCGCGGUGGGUGACGCCUGUGUCCGUGUUUACAUUUAGCUGACGUGGAGCCCACGCCCCGGCCCUGUGCCCCCUGCCCGGUGUGUACGUGUGUGAAUGGCAGUGGGGUCCGCGGCCGGCCCCGUCCGCGAGCCUGCUGUGUGCACGCGGAGGGGGUGCUGGUCCUGGUACCCCGCCCCGCGCGCUCUGCGCAGCUGCCCACAGCCUGUCCCCCGGAAACGAGCAGUGGCCGUCCGUCCAGCACACUCCCAUCCGCACCCCCCCGCGGUCGUCGCUGCACAGUUGUUUUCUUCACAAAUUCACGCUCCGCCCUCCAGCCUCCGCCCUGGGAUUGGUGACUCGUUUGUCAGGCUCUUGGAGGCGCCUCCGUGCACCUUGUCCUCAGGUGGUCUAUGGAUGUCUUUCAGAAAAUGGUUAUUUUAUAUGAUUUGUCAUGGAAUUUGUUCUAAUAAAUCAUUCUUCUGUCA